ACUCAGUGUUUAAAAACUCGGCCAGCCAGCGUUUUUUGGCCACUACGGUGUUGUGCUGAGCCAGCUCGCUCGCAUUUGUCAUUUCGUGCAGCGCUGCAUCGCUGCAAGCAAGCGCGAGCGCGGUACAAGCUCGUACACAGCCUGCCCACUCAUUCAUCGAUACACGAGCACGAAAACUGUGGUGUAUUGCCGUCGCGCAGCCAGUUCGAAGCGCUGCAGCACUGAUAAAACCGCCGGGAGCGCUAAACCAUGGCACAACAAGAACCGCAACCAAAAAAAGUGAAGCUCGUCGACUUCUCCGCCGCGAGCGCUUUUUAUGGAAGCCGAAAGGGCUACGUCUUCAAGACGGGCGACCAAGGUUUGGGCUAUUACCUCGAUAAUGUGGAUAAGGCGAAGGAGCGCGUGCUAGAAGGCCUCGAGGGCCCCGGGCUCUUCGCGCGGGCGCCAUGUGUCGACGUCGAGGCGCCCGAGACCGUCAAAGCACCGGUACCAGCGCCGGCUGAAGAACCGCCGAAAAAGAAAAAACGCUUCGACCCCUUCGCGGAUUUGCCGCCUCCCAAAAAGAAGGCCGCGCCCGCACCCAAACAACCAACCCCAGAACCGGAGGAAAAGGCCCCGGUCAAGGUGUUUACUUCCGGUUUAUUCAAGCUCGAGCAGGUCCACUGCUUGCACAUCGUGCGCAAGCACAAGGACGCGCGGAACCCGACGUCCUGGCGCCACCCGGGCCGGCGCAUCGACCGGACGCGCCAGGACGCGACUGAUGAAUUGGAGAAGAUGCGGACGAAGCUUCUCGCCGGUUUGUGUUCUGUGUCCUUUGGUCUUCGAGCGUCGCGGCGAUGGCGUAUCGCGUCGAUGGCGUCGCGUCGAUGGCGUAUACGUGGGCUCGGCCGUAAGCUCGGACGCCCCGACGUGGGCUUGGACGCCAUCUGCGAGAGACACCACACGCCAUCGCCGCGAGAGGCCCCAUACGCCAUCGCCGCGAGAGGAGUCACAUAACGCCACCGCCGCGACGCACGCAGCGCCGACGCACCGGCGCCGCUCGCUCUUCCAGGAGCUCGCCAAGAAGUUCUCGGAGUGCGGCUCGGCGAAGAAGGGCGGCGACCUCGGCAUGUUCCGGCGGGGCAAGAUGAGCGCCGCCUUCGAGCUCGCGGCGUUCAACCUCGACGUGCACGAGCUGUCGAAGACCGUCGCGUCGUCGUCGGGCGUGCACCUGAUCUACAGGGUAGCAUAAGUCACAUUGUUAGUCUACGAUACGUCGCACACGCCGGCGGUCGCGGCCGGCUCCGCGGUCGCGGGCGUAGGCUUCGGCGUCUCCCCGAUCGCGGGCGGCGGCGUCUGGCGCGGCGGCGGGUUCUUCGCGUAGAGCGGCUCAAA